GUGGCGUCCGCGUCCGGCCAGCGCCUUACCUGCAGCAGGUGAAGCUGGGCCACGAGGCGCCGCGGCAGAUGCAGGAAGCAGUCCCGAGCGUUCGUGAAGGCUACCGUCACGACCGUCCCACCAGACCCCGCACCCGCUAAGCGAUCACUGCUCCACAUUGUCCCAAGGUUCAACUCUCAAGGGAGAGCGGAGUCCACCGGCUUCCCGUCAGGUCAGGGCGUCGGAGCCCGAGAACAUCGAUCGGGCCCGCCCCCCUCUUCACACACCGGGCCGCCGUCACUCAAGGAUCUCUCCUCCGAGGCCCUAGGGGGCGGCACAUCGCUCACCGAAUUGUCGCUCUCAGGAAACGAUCGUCGAUGGCGUCGAUCCUCCAGCCAAUCCUAGCACGCUUGGCCCAUCCUGCUCUCUCAUUGGACACAGAGGAGAGCAGCUGACGGAUGUUGUUCUGGCGCGGAGGACUAGAGCCGGCAAGAUGGCAUCCAGUGACGGGAAACCUGGUGGCAUAUUCGACCACCACGUCCAGACGGCUGUGUGUGACUCGCGGGCCAAAUACCGGGAGGGCCGACGCCCUCGCGCGGUCAAGGUAUAUACAAUCAAUUUGGAGUCUCAGUACUUACUAAUACAAGGAGUUCCUGCAGUGGGAGCCAUGAAGGAAUUAGUCGAGCGAUUUGCUUUGUACGGUGCGAUUGAACAGUAUAAUGCUCUAGAUGAAUACCCAGCAGAAGAGUUUACAGAAGUUUAUCUCAUUAAAUUUGUGAAAUUACAAAGUGCAAGGCUAGCUAAGAAAAAGAUGGAUGAACAGAGCUUCUUUGGAGGAUUACUUCAUGUGUGCUAUGCUCCAGAAUUUGAGACAGUUGAAGAAACUAGAAAAAAAUUAGAAGAAAGGAAGGCUUAUAUUGCAAGAGUUACUAAAAACCAAGAUUAUUGCAUGACAAAGAAGAAGCCGGUUCCAGAGCAGAAAGGAACAAAAGAUUCUAGACAAGAUUUCCAUCCACCCAUGCCUGGAUUUGGUACAGCUGCUUUAAACACAUCUUCCAAGAGUCCUCCGGAGAACUCAAGUCCUUGUCUUCCUUAUUCUUCUGAAUUCCCUUUAUGCUAUUUUGCCUCCAAAAGCACAUGUUCACCUGGGGACCACGUGGACAGAGCAUCAGACUCCUGCAGUAGUGCUAGGAAGCCUGGUGAACUGCCGAAGCAUCGUGACCACAGUGCCUUUUCUCCAAAACUGCAGAUGAACACUUACAAAAAUUCUGGCCCUUGCUCUAGUGUGCAAGAGGCCAUCGCUACCUCACAGGCAGUUGGCAGAUUUAUGCCUAGGACAACACAGCUGCAGGAGAGGAGAAGGCGGCGAGACUGUGACCAUGACACUAACACAAGCAGUGACGAGGUUUUGAUUGGACCUAAGUUGCCAGGUAUUCCCACAGUGGAUCUGCAGGAUGAGUCCUUGAACACAACGGCAAACUUAAUCAGGAGUAAACUUAAAGAGGUGACGUCAUCUGUGCCAAAGCUUCCAGAGGACAGUAGAGAAGACAUGUGUAAAAGUCACCCACGAAAACAAAGAAGAAGAAUAUAGCUGGCCUGCAGGGACUUAGUCUCGUCUUUUCUUUCUUUCUUCUUUGGAAUCAGGGUUUCUCUGUGUAACUCUGGCUGUCCUGGAACUCACUCUGUAGACCAGGCUGGCCUUGGGCCUCUGCCGGGCAUAUGCCUCCAUACCGGCUAAAUUGGUAUUUUCUGGAGAAAUUCCCUAUGUUUGGCCCAUUUUAAUUCUCCCAGGCGUCUUACCACUGCUGCUCUGAAGUUUUUCUUUAAACUGUUUGCAGAUGUUUCCAUCUUCCUUGGGUCUACACUCAAUGUGGCAGAGACUGUGCUUCUCAUACCGUAUUAGUUCUUAUAUUACAAUAUGUAAAUUGACUGAUACAAACAUAAAAAUAUGUAAUGCAAAUAAAGCCAAUCAGCAUCUGAUUUUAAUUCAAGUAUUGAAUAGUUUGUGUUCAAAAACUAUCAGGGGGGUUGUUUUUGAAUAUCAGGGUUUCAAAAUGAAAGCAGGUCUGUAAAGAAAAAAUGCCAAGAAAAUGUUAGAACAAGGUUGAUAUUAGAAACUUACAUAAUGUAACUUCUAAGACUAAUUUACAUCGAAUAUGCUGAUGUAAAAGCUAAUUUAGGAAAGUCUAGGUUUCUACACUGUCAGCACAUCUGUACUUCUGUCAGCGGACUACCAUGUCAUUUUGUCAGGCUGUUUCCAUUUUCUUUUCUGAGAAAAAUAAACUGAGAAGGCACAUGCUA